GUCGUACUCUCUUUAUACCAAAGAAGAGUCAUGUGCUGCUGAGUUAGGUAGUUGGUUUUCUGACAUUGUGAUGUGUCCUGAACCCUCUGGUUCUUAGAUUCUCCUGAGGCAAAGCCAUGGGGCAUGGCUUUGGGGCUGGGAAGGGGAGUCGUGGCCACAGCCUGUUUCAGGAGAGGGAAUCUUGCUGCGGCUGCAUGCAAGUUCAGGGUUCUGCUUAACUUAAUUUUACUAAUCACACAGUUUUUGUUGGCUUCAUGUCCUUUUUUGGAGAGAUUUUCUUCAGUUAGUUUACACAGAUAAAGAUUUUAAUAUCUAGGAAUGAAGAAAAUUCAUUUCAUCAGGUAUAAAACUGGCAAUAUAAAAGGGCUUUUUAGGCGAAAGAAAUUGUCCAGAGUUGGCAAUUCAAAAGCACACUGAAAGCCACUCAGUUCCUGUCCAUUGUGGAGGGAAGCAUCUUCCAGAGUGUUCUGAGUCAUGGGUAUUAAACCUCCGUGGUGUGCUGCUUGGUAUAACUAGAAGACAUCGUUUCACCUAGCCUCAGUCAAACAGUCUCCCUCCUUGCUAUUCCCAUGAAGUUGGAGGACCUUCCCCAUCUCAUACAUGUUUGGUAGAGUUGCUGGCAAGGGCUUGUUGAGGGGAAGGAGAUGGGGCAUUGGGGCAGCUGGCCUGAAACUGUCCGCCAAGAGUUCCCAAGCUAUAUGUGUAUAUUGGGCAAUGGAUGGGCUAAUGAGGUCCAAGUAUUUUCAUGGAACCAUUCAGUGUCUCCUGACAGACCUUGGUCCUGUGGGGAUUUCUCACCUGCUUCUUUCAACUCUAAAAUACUAAACUCUGAGCUUCUAGGAGAAGCAGAGGUCCUGCAUGCAGGGCCGAGAGUCGGGGGCAUCUGUCGAGCACCUGAUUUGACUGCAGGCCACGCGGUUCCCACGUUGAGAUCCUGGAGCCAGUCAGGGAAGCCUUCCUUAAAUAUCCUUACAUGUCAGGAAAGGCCGUUGGCAUCCACUGUGAAUGAUAAGCUGGAGCUGCAGGAGUGUCUGGAGCAUGGCAGGAUAGCCAAGUUCAGCAAAGUGAGGACCAUUACUACGAGGUCAAACUCCAUAAAGCAGGGCAAAGACCAGCAUUUCCCCGUCUUCAUGAAUGAGAAAGAGGACAUCUUAUGGUGCACUGAAAUGGAAAGGGUAUUUGGUUUCCCUGUCCACUAUACUGACGUCUCCAACAUGAGCCGCUUGGCGAGGCAGAGACUGCUGGGCCGGUCGUGGAGCGUGCCAGUCAUCCGCCACCUCUUCGCUCCGCUGAAGGAGUAUUUUGCGUGUGUGUAAGGGACAUGGGGGCAAACUGAGGUAGCGACACAAAGUUAAACAAACAA